AUGAUUGAAUCUCAUCUAAAAACAGAACCCAAGCUAUUUGGUCUGAAUAGUGUAAUCUACAAGCUUCAGGAUAGUAUAAACAAUACAUUGGAAAAUAUGCCGUAUUUUGAACUUUGUAUCAAGGAAUGCGUAUUGUUGGGUAAGCCAGACAUUAGAUUGAUUAUUUCCUAUACGACUACUAGCAAUAAUAUCAGUUGUGAUUGUACUAAUAUCAAUAGUCAUGUUACGAUUUAUACAAUGGCACCAGCGUUUUCUCUUAUCCUUGACCAAGAUGUAAAUGAAGAGAUUGCAUUAAUGUACCCUGAACUCUACAAGGAUUUAACAAAGGCGAAAUAUUAA